UAACCAGGACAGGUUCAAUACCUGGUCUUCUAUAGAUUUUCGAUGGAUCCUGUCCGCCCACCAUUCAGGGGCCAUGCUCCUGUCCACCCAUCUCAGUGUGUGAGGAUGCCAGGCUGUUGGCCACAAGCUCCUAGACCUUUGAACUUAGCUCUGGGAAGAGCAGCAUCUACAGGCAGAGGCAAUGUGUUUGGAAAGCCAGAUGCACUCGGCAUGCAGAAUCAGCCAGCACAAAGGGAGUGUAUGGGUUUGGUAUCCAUGUUCCGAGGCAUGGGCCUUGAGAUGAUGUCCCCGAAUCUUCCAAAACGAGAAGUGCUUUCUUUAGGUAGAGGUAUUUUAGGUCGAGGCUUGUCAGCUAACAUGGUACGCAAGGACAAAGAAGAACCCCGCCCCACUUUUCCUGAUGCUCUGGUGUUGGCAGCUGGGGAUAGCAAGGUGGCAGAGGCCUCUGUGGGUUGGAACAGAGUUCUUGGAAGAGGGAGUUCAGAUGUUGCUUCAUUACCUCUGGGAAGAAUGGCUGGUGGUAUAGGCAGAGGAGUAAACAAGCCCCUUCAGGCACCUGGCCUGACUGCCUGGAACCCCCAGAAGCUGUCACCACCACUGCCUCUGCCCAGGUCCUCGCCACACUCUCCAGAUCUCCCUGCUGGCCCAACUGUGGAACAUAAGGAGAAAGAGCAUUUUGUGAAGCAAGGAUCAAGAGGAACGCCUCAAUCUUUGGGACUGAAUCUCAUCAAAAUACAGUGUCAUAAUGAAGCAGUUUAUCAGUAUCAUGUGACUUUCAGCCCCAAUGUAGAAUGCAAAAGCAUGAGGUUUGGCAUGUUAAAGGACCAUCAGGCUGUCACUGGAAAUGUCACUGCUUUUGAUGGAUCUAUUCUCUACCUGCCUAUUAAGCUUCAACAGGUUCCUGAGUUAAAAAGUCAAAGGAAAACUGAUGAUGCUGAGAUCAGCAUUAAGAUUCAGUUGACAAAAAUCCUGGAACCUUGUUCUGACUUGUGCAUUCCUUUCUACAACGUUGUUUUCCGACGGGUAAUGAAACUUUUAGAUAUGAAGCCUGUGGGGAGAAACUUCUAUGACCCUACAAGUGCUAUGGUAUUACAACAACACAGGUUGCAGAUCUGGCCUGGCUAUGCAGCUAGCAUCCGGAGGACAGAUGGAGGUCUUUUUCUGCUAGCUGAUGUCUCCCAUAAGAUCAUUCGGAAUGAUUCAGUGCUGGAUUUCAUGCAUGCCAUGUACCAGCAGAACAAAGAAAACUUCCAGGAUGAGUGCAGUAAACUUCUGGUUGGCAAUAUUGUUAUAACCCGAUACAAUAAUCGUACCUAUCGGAUUGAUGAUGUGGACUGGAACAAGACUCCAAAGGACAGCUUCACAAUGUCUGAUGGAAAGGAGAUCACAUUCCUGGAAUACUACAGGAAAAACUAUGGGAUCACAGUUAAAGAAGAGGACCAACCACUGCUGAUCCACAGGCCCAGUGAGAGACAGAAUAAACAUGGGACGCUGCUAAAAGGUGAAAUCCUGCUUUUGCCUGAGCUUUCCUUCAUGACUGGGAUUCCAGAGAAGAUGAAGAAGGACUUCAGAGCUAUGAAGGAUUUGACCCAGCAGAUCAACUUGAGCCCCAAACAGCACCAUAAUGCUUUGGCAUGCCUAAUCCAGAGAAUUUCAAAGAACGAGACAGCUAACAAUGAGUUGUUGCGUUGGGGACUUUGUCUGCAAAAGGACAUACACAAGAUUGAAGGACGUGUUUUACCAAUGGAAAGAAUUAAUUUAAGAAAUACUUCAUUUAUCACAUCUCAGGACCUAAGCUUUGUAAAGGAAGUAACCAGAGACCCUUCCAUCUUGACUAUUCCCAUGCACUUUUGGGCACUUUUUUACCCAAAGAAAGCAAUGGAUCAGGCCAGAGAAUUGGUCAACAUGUUAGAGAAAAUAGCUGGCCCAAUUGGCAUGCACGUGAGUCCACCAGCCUGGGUUGAACUGAAGGAUGACCGAAUAGAGACCUAUAUCAGAACCAUUCAAUCUAUGCUUGGAGUAGAGGGUAAGAUCCAGGUAGUUGUUUGCAUCAUUAUGGGCACACGUGAUGAUCUCUAUGGGGCCAUCAAGAAGCUGUGUUGUGUGCAGUCCCCGGUGCCCUCACAGGUCAUCAAUGUUCGAACCAUUGGUCAGCCCACCAGACUUCGGAGUGUGGCUCAGAAAAUUUUACUUCAGAUUAACUGUAAAUUGGGCGGGGAACUCUGGGGCGUAGAUAUUCCUCUGAAACAAUUAAUGGUGAUUGGAAUGGAUGUUUACCAUGACCCCAGCAGAGGCAUGCGUUCUGUGGUUGGCUUUGUUGCAAGCAUCAAUCUGACCCUCACUAAAUGGUAUUCACGAGUGGUAUUCCAGAUGCCUCAUCAGGAGAUUGUGGACAGUCUGAAGCUCUGCCUGGUGAGCGCCCUGAAAAAGUUUUAUGAGGUGAACCACUGUCUACCAGAAAAGAUAGUGGUGUACCGUGAUGGAGUGUCUGAUGGCCAACUGAAGACAGUUGCCAACUAUGAAGUUCCUCAGCUACAGAAGUGUUUUGAAUCUUUUGAGAAUUACCAACCCAAGAUGGUGGUGUUUGUAGUUCAGAAGAAAAUCAGCACCAAUCUGUACCUGGCUGCCGCUGAGCACUUUGUGACUCCCUUGCCUGGAACUGUAGUAGAUCAUACAAUAACAAGUUGUGAGUGGGUGGAUUUCUACCUUCUUGCCCAUCAUGUGCGGCAGGGCUGUGGCAUCCCUACACAUUACAUUUGUGUGUUCAACACUGCAAACCUGAGCCUUGAGCAUAUGCAAAGGUUGACCUUCAAACUGUGCCACCUGUACUGGAACUGGCCUGGUACCAUCCGAGUCCCAGCCCCUUGCAAGUAUGCCCACAAGCUUGCAUUCCUGUCAGGACAGGUCCUACAUCAUGAGCCGGCCAUGCAGCUGUGUGAGAACCUGUUCUUCCUGUGAUUGUGUGGCCUCGACCUAGGCUUCCAAAGAGAAAUUGGACUUCUCACCUUAGCUGUGACUCUUAAGGAACCAGCAGACAUGGAAGCGGAGGUUUUGUGUUGGUGUUUUCCCUUUCUCCUAGCCUUAGAGUAAAAUUACUUUUUUCUUUUAAGCCUGAUAUCACCAUUAAGCAGGCUUUUAAGUACCCCCUGGAAAUUUCCUUGAUGCCUUUGUAGAGCAAAUAGCAGUAGUGCUACUAGUGUGAGAUAGUGUGGUGACAUCUGUGAAACACUGGAAGCCCUACAAGAGCAGGGAGCGUAGCUCAGUGGUGGAUUGUACCCAGCAUCUGCGGUGUCCUGAAUUCAAUCCCCAGCACCAAAAAGCAAAGAGAAAACAAAAGCCUCCAAGGCCAACAUAAGCUGUAGAAACCUGCAGAAGCUGCAAUUAUACCUAUAAGAGGUGUUUAAGAAGUGGUUCCCAUUUGUGCUGCCAGAGGUGAUAAUGAAUGAAGUCACUGCAUGUUUCUUAAGCAGUUACUUUAUUUUGGCACUGGGGAAGGUGAAAGAGAAGCCUGUGAAGCACUUUUUUAAGAGGUAUUACUGUUGCUGCAGGUGUGAAAGGCAUGUGCUAAAACCAAACAUGGCAUGGUCAGGCCUUUGUACCAUAAUCUUCCCUGGGAAUAAAAUUUACCAUUCCUGUGAUGUGAGCUGGGUGUCUCACAACUGCUCCUGGGCUUUCUUCUGAGAAAGCUCAGUUGAAGUUUUUCCUGUACUUUUCAGUUCCUUUACAAAAUACCAUGUUUUCUUGCUCCCCACCACGUACACACAUGCACACACAUCCUCCUUUGCUGUUUAUGACUUAUCUUCAGUAAAUUUCAAUUUUUUAAAUAACAGAACAGUGGAAAGAAUUCAGCAGCUAAGCAAGUUCAGGAUGGAGUGUGAGUUUUUACUGACUCUUUCUCCUGGGUACCUGGCCUUCAUUUCUGUGUGUGUCCGUUUGUAAGGGGGAGUACCCAUUUCUCUUGCACAAGAGCUUCUUCCAGCUGUGGGCUCGCUUGGUCCAAGUUUUUCAGAAUCCCAGUGAAAAUGUUGAGAAGUCAAUUUGGAAAAUGGGUCACUUACUAAUGUCCAGAAAUUACAGUUUUGGAAGUUGUCACCCUGCCUGUGAGUUUCAGUGUUCGGUAGAUGCUGUGGUUUUCUGUGUGUUUUCUCUCACUGUUUUAAACUCGUCCUGUUCUUUCAGCUCAAUUCUGUCAUUAUCUUGCUUUACGAGGUUUUAAGACAUAAUUUUAUCCUUAAAAUUUGUAUUUUUCUUACUACUGUAGUCAUUUAUUUAUUUAUUUACAUGUUAGCAUGAUAGAAAGGAGAGGACAGGGCAGAUAUACCACUUUUACCCAACAGUGUGUGAGUAAAGCUCUUCAAAAGACCCAGGUGGAUGUUGCAGCUCAAUGGAAGAACACUGAACUAGCAUGGCAACUCCUAGCACUGCCCAAGGAAGAAAAAAAAAAGACCAGCAGAGCUUUUAGUUCGUGGCAUUGCCCCCGAGGCUGGGAAGGGAUGAGCGCUGAUGGUCGUCAAGUGCACGGCUAAAACCUGAAAUUUAAAUGCCACAGAAUCAAGCACCCUGAGCUGUUGGUUUCUGGCUGAAAAGAUCAGUUUCCUGAUUUUCUUUGGAAGCAUUUUGAAUUUCUCUUUUGAAGUUGGAUUUCCUAACAUUAUUCUUCUCUUAGAUAAUGAGUACAAAUACUUGAAUACAAUACCAAAAUAUCUUCACUUUUUAUCCUGAUGUUCUGGCUUUGUUUUUCCAUUGUAAUCCAAAUGAUUGGCUCAUGAGUAGGAAAU